AUGAAGGUGCACUCGCCUCCGAGGAGGAGACUCAGGCGCAGCCGCGUCCUCUUCUUCGUCUCAGGUGUGCUGCUGUGUUUCGUCUACACGCUGACUCUGAAGGCCCGGCUGUCGGAGCCCCGAGCCUCCGCCCGGGCAGAUGACGGAGCAGAGGGGGGCGGUGGUGAUGUGGUGGAGGUCCAUGUUCGAGAGGUGAUGGCGUCCAAUGAGACGGAGGAGGUGGUCGUCUCACCUGAGGGCACCAAACCUCCUCUGGUGAUCAUCGUCAACAGGACAGAUAUAGAACAGUGUAUCUAUGUAGAUCCUCAGCCUCCCAAACCGACCUCACCUCCUCCUCCACCUCUGACCACUGCAGCUCCAUCUCCUCCCCCACCGCAGCCCCCUCACAGGAAGGGCGAGUACCCCGAGGACAUCUUCUCAGUGGAGCAGCGGCGACAAGGCUGGGUGGUCCUGCACAUCCUGGGCAUGACCUACAUGUUUGUCGCCCUGGCCAUCGUCUGCGAUGAGUUCUUCGUCCCUGGGCUGGAGGUCAUCACCAACAAGCUGCAGAUCUCCGAUGACGUGGCCGGGGCGACCUUCAUGGCGGCCGGAGGCUCAGCCCCCGAGCUCUUCACCUCCCUGAUCGGCGUCUUCAUCUCCCACAGCAACGUGGGCAUCGGCACCAUCGUGGGCUCGGCCGUCUUCAACAUCCUCUUUGUGAUUGGCAUGUGCGCCAUCUUCUCCCGGGAGAUGCUGCACCUCACCUGGUGGCCCCUCUUCAGAGACGUGACCUUCUACAUCCUGGACCUCAUCAUGCUCAUCGUCUUCUUCCUGGACAACAUGAUCCUGUGGUGGGAGAGCAUGCUGCUGGUGCUAGGCUACAUCAGCUACGUGAGCUUCAUGAAGUUCAACAGUCAGAUCGAGCAUGCGGUCAAGACCCAGGUCAACAAGCACAUGAGUAUCGUGAAGGUUUGGACCGCAGAGGAGCCGGAGAAGGAGAGUGAAGCUCCUCCACCUCCUCCACCUCCUCCUCCUCCUGCUCCUGCUGCUGCUGCUCCUCCAGCUGAUCCUCCAAAACCUGAAGAGAAAUCCAAACCAGAACCGGCACCACCUCCCAGCAGCCCUCAGUCCAGCAAACUGCUGCCGGAUCCACAAGAGGACAAAGCAAGACUGAGGGUUCGUCCCGUCCUGCAGCGAGGCGGCAGCACGGCGUCCCUCCACAACACCUCUCUGAGGAGCACCAUCUUCCAGCUGAUGAUCCACACACUGGACCCUCUGGGAGAAGACGCUGAUCCCAAGCCAAAGUCUGAGCAGCCUUCUGCCGCCGGAGCAGCAGGUGGCGCUGCAGCCGAACCGUCCACCUCUCAGCCCGCCAAGACCGAAGAGGCUCAGAAGACGACAGAACAGCCGGAAGAAACAAAGGCGGAAGCAGCUCCAGCUGGAGGAUCAGAGGGAUCAGACGGCGGCGGCGACGAGGACGACAGCGGCGGCGAGGAGAGCGGCGAGUCCAGCGAGAGCGAAGACGAUGAAGAAGAUGAUGGCGAUGAAGACGGAGACAAAGAGGAAGACAAGGAGGAAGAGAACGAGCCGCUGUCCCUGGAGUGGCCCGAGACCAGGAGGAAACAGGCCACCUACCUGUUCCUGCUGCCCAUCGUGUUCCCGCUGUGGCUCACGCUGCCCGACGUCCGCAACCUGGCGUCCAGGAGAUAUUUUGCGAUCACGUUCAUCGGCUCCAUCCUGUGGAUCGGAGUGUUCUCCUACCUGAUGGUGUGGUGGGCUCAUCAGGUGGGCGAGACGGUCGGGAUCUCCGAGGAGAUCAUGGGUCUGACCAUCCUGGCGGCUGGAACCUCCAUCCCCGACCUGAUCACCAGCGUGAUCGUGGCCCGGAAAGGUCUGGGGGACAUGGCCGUGUCCAGUUCAGUGGGCAGCAACAUCUUCGACAUCACUGUGGGCCUGCCGGUGCCGUGGCUCAUGUACACUCUGAUCCACAACGGCGACCCGGUGACCGUCAGCUCCAACGGGCUGUUCUGCGCCAUCGUGCUGCUCUUCCUCAUGCUCCUCUUCGUCAUCAUCUCCAUCGCCGCCUGCCGCUGGAAGAUGAGCCGGAUGCUGGGCCUCACCAUGUUCGUACUGUACUUCGUGUUCCUCGUCCUCAGCGUGCUGCUGGAGGAUCGCGUCCUCAUCUGCCCCGUGUCCAUCUGA